GCAAGUAGAGAAGGAGGCCUGCCGGGCUGGAGAAGGGGCCUGGAUUGGCAGAAUCUCUGGUGGUUUCAGGCUGAAAGAGAAGCCAAUGCCAUAUUUCAAUUCUUCCAGCAGUUUCCCAUCAGGGCCUGGUGCCAAGGUUCAUGCUUUUUACACCUUGAUGUGAAAUGUGAACAAGAGUUCCGGUCUUUGUUCCAGAGACAGAAACUUGGAGAAGAUCAACAAGGAGAAUGGCUGUGUAUACUGUAAAUGAGCCGCAGACAUUGUACCACAGAACAUUUUAUAAGCAAAGCAAGCCCCAUAUUGAUAUUGCAUCAUGUGAAAUAUAAAGGUCUGUUGGGAUUCAGUGAUUUGGAUGAAGACUUUUCCCAUGAGGAGUGGGAAUGUCUGAAUCCUGCUUGGAGGACUUUAUAUAUUGAUGUGAUGUUGGAGAAUUACAGAAAUCUGGUUUUUGUAGAGAAACAUCGCAUAUGUGGUAAAUAUGAGAAGAUCAAGGAUCAAAUAGUACUAUCAGCAUGUGAAUAUCCAAAAGAAGUCUUAUAAAGAUAAUGACCUUGGCAAAAUGCUUUAUGAAUCAUCUAGGUGCAUACCUUUUAAAACCACAAUACUACAGGAAACCAUCAGAGAAUUCAUACGGGAGAGGAGCCUUACAAAUAUGGUGAAUGUGAAAAAUCUUUUGGAUGUAGCUCAAAUCUUGGAACACAUCAGAAAUCUCAUAAAGGACAGAAACCU